AUGCCUCCCCUACCGGGCUUUACAGACAAUCCUCUCAAGACUCGCGCUGACGUAGUCCUUGCAUCCAAGGUACUUAUUGGUCCUCUGGCCCAGUACACCACUCCUGGCUGUGCCUACGUUCGGUUGCCUGUAACAUCCGGUACGCUCUAUGAUGAUAGAGCUGCCAGGCUCGAGGGCUUUUCGCGCCCAUUGUGGGUGACGGGGUCUCUGCUUGCAAGCGGUGAUUGCGAGGAGGAGCUAUUGUCGAGGCUCAUUGCAGGAUUGAGCAACGGUACAGACCCAGCGCAGUCCGAGUAUUGGGGCGAUAUUGGAGACAACGACCAGCGCAUGGUCGAGACUGAACCGAUUGCUUUUACACUUCUCUCGAGCCCGCGGCAUUUGCUCUGGGACCGACUAGAGGAGCGCACCAGAUCUAAUAUUGCUCGGUGGUUUACCCAACUCAACGGGAAGCAGAUGCCCCGCGUGAACUGGCUGUGGUUCCGCGUCUUUACCAACCUUGUGCUGCUGAAGCUGUGCGAAGUCGAUGAUUUGAGCGUACACAAACAAAUGGACAUGGACUUGGAAGAACUAGACACAUUCCAUUUGCGAGACGGUUGGUCUAGCGACGGCCUGUGGAGAAGUCCUGAGAACGACGAUGAUGAAUGGAUGCUGUUUAAACAAACAGGUCGCGUUCACAGUAUCAAGCCAGAUCGCUGCGUAGACUACUAUUCGGGCAGCUUUGCAAUACAAUUCAGCCAACUCCUUUACAUACGUCUAGCGGGAGACAUUGAUCCGCUGAGAACCUCACGCUACCAAAAGCAAGCCAGAGAAUUUGGCUCCCAAAUUUGGAGAUACUUUGACGAACAAGGCAAGCAGAUAUCAAGUUGA